GUGAACACAUUACGAUCAUGAUCGAGAACUUUUAUUCAAAGUGUACGAUUAGUAAAUCUGUGUUAUUCUUAUGUUUAAUAUUUUUACCGUAUGCCCUGAAUCAGAAAUAUUACGAUUCGCGGUACGAUUAUUAUGAUAUCGAUCAUUUGGUACAGAACCCGAGGCUAUUGAAAAAAUAUUUGGAUUGUUUUUUGGGUAAAGGACCUUGUACGCCUAUAGGAAGACUGUUUAAACAAGUCAUGCCUGAAGUGAUUACUACAGCAUGCGCCAAAUGUACUCCGACGCAAAAGCGAUUCGCCAGGAAGACGUUUAAUGCUUUCAGAAGAUACUUCCCUGAGACGCUCAUGGAACUCAGAAGAAAAUUUGAUCCUGAAAGCAAAUAUUAUGACGCCUUUGAAAAAUUUGUCAUCAUGAAGAGCGUAAUAGUUUUGUCCUGUCUGUUGGCCGCCUGUCUUGCCGCUGAUCUCUCAAAAUACGAAAACUUUGACGUAGAGCCAAUCGUCACAAGCGAUAGAUUGUUAAAAGCCUAUAUAAAUUGUUUCCUAGACAAAGGCCGGUGUACGCCUGAAGCCUCCGACUUCAAAAAAGCCUUACCCGACACCAUUGCCACCAACUGCGGGAAGUGCACAGAAAAACAGAAGGCCAACGUCAGGAAAGUGAUUAAGGUUAUACAGCAGAAACAUUCCACGGAAUGGGAAAAACUUGUGAAGAAACAUGAUCCUUCGGGAAAACACCGUGCUGAUUUCGACAAAUUCCUUCUAGGAAGCUAAAUAUUUAUUAAUAAGUUAUUUUGGUUUAGGCCACACUUAUGUGGGGAUGCAUAGGCUUAGUAACUGUUUCAUUUAUAUUGUUCACUUCUUACAUGUUUUACGAUGCUCUCUAUUUCACAACUGUUUUUGUUAUUCAUAGAUAAUUUUAAGCAAAUAUGUUGUUCUAAUCAAUUGUGAUAAACAAAAUUCUUUGAGUACGUAAGCUAUAAAAGUGGAAGGAAACUGGAGUUUAUAAUACUUUUUAUUUAUUGUUGAACGGACAAAGAUAUUGACUGAUAUUGUAUACAUUAAAUAUCUACUUUAAAUA